AAUCUACUUUUAUAUGGAACCAAAUGAAAAUCUUAUUCCAUAUGGGGGGGUACUCAAAAUAAAAAAAAACUGGCACCAAGCAUUCACAAAAGUCGUAUUUGAUUGGUUGCGGAGUUGAAUACAAUAAGUGAAUGAGAGAGAGGGGGGGUAGAAACAGAGGUGAGAAAGAAGCCCAAAUUGGGGGAGCUAUGGGUGAAGAGUGGACGAGAGAGGCGAAAUUGAAACAAACCCUCUUUCGAACUGACCUAAUAUGGCCGACGCUACUGUCACUAUCAGAACUCGCAAGUUCCUCACCAACCGCUUGCUUCAACGUAAGCAAAUGGUUGUCGAUGUCAUUCACCCUGGCCUCGCCAACGUCUCUAAGGACGAACUCCGUACCAAGAUUGGUAAGAUGUACAAGGCUGACAAGGAAGUUGUCUCUGUCUUUGGUUUCAAGACUCACUUUGGUGGUGGAAAGACCACUGGUUUCGCUUUGAUCUACGAUAACGUUGAAGCCUUGAAGAAGUUCGAACCCAAGCACCGUCUUGUCCGUAUUGGUCUUGCUGAAGCUCCCAAGGGUGGUCGUAAGCAACGUAAGGAAAAGAAGAACCGUGAAAAGAAGUUCCGUGGUGUCAGAAAGUCCAAGAAGCCCAGAAAGGAGUAAAUUGAAUUUGAUCUAUCAUAAUACAAAUGUUUCUUUUUUGGAUAUCAAUGAAAUGGUUUAUAUAUAUAUAUAUAUAUAGAG